AUGGGGCCUCCCGACGAGUCUGGAGAACAACCAAUGUUAUAUUGGCUGUUCUCCACCAGUGAUUUAUAUAAUUGGAGAACUCAAAAUGCAAAGUUCUCCGAUAACCCUAGAGGUUUAAUUGGGCUUUUAGAUACUGUUCUCUUUACCCACCAGCCUACUUGGGAUGACUGUCAGCAGCUCUUGCAGGUUCUCUUCACCACCGAAGAGAGAGAACGAAUACAGGUGGAAACUCGGAAGUCUGUCCUGGGAGAGGAGAGACAGCUGACUCAAAACCCAGACCUCAUAAACUCUGCCUUCCCCUUAUCCUGCCCUACCUGGGACUACAACUCAGCUGAAGGUAAGGAGAGACUCCGGGUCUACCGCCAGACUCUAAUGGCAGGUCUCAAGGUUGCAGCGCGCAAGCCUACUAAUCUGGCCAAGGUAUAUGAUGUAAGACAAGGCCACUCCAGACAUCAAAAGGAAAUUACAAAGAGUGGAGAGAGGCUAGGAGAGAAGAGCCUGCAGGACUUAAUAAUAGUAUCAGAAAUAGUUUACAAUAAUAGAGAAAGCCCAGAGGAGCAACAGACUAAACUAAGCAACCGGCAGACCCUAAAUCUGGAUAAUAUCCUGCUGGCUACAACCAUGGAUGACCGACAGGAAAAACGGAGGCACUUCAAGAAGCUGACUUCAGGGACAGGUAAGGAGGAUGGCCCUGCUCCCCGACGGGAGCGCCCUAAGCUAAACAAAAACCAAUGUGCUUAUUGCAAGGAAGAGGGCCACUGGCCCAGGGUAACUCUCAGAGUGGAGGGGCAACGAGUUGAAUUUCUAGUAGACACUGGGGCACAAUAUUUGGUCUUAUUACAACCCCAGGGGAAAUUGGCAAGCAAGACCUCAUGGGUGCAAGGGGCCAUGGGCACCAAACAGUACUCAUGGACUACCCAAAGAACUGUGGACCUCGGCAUGGGCCGGGUAUCCCACUCCUUCAUGGUCAUCCCUGAAUGUCCCUACCCGUUGUUAGGUCGGGAUUUGCUCACCAAGAUGGGGGCACAAAUUUGCUUCCACUCCGGAGGGGCAAAAAUCCUAGACAAAGAAGGGCAACCGAUUCAGGUGCUUGUCCAGUUGGAAGACAAAUGUCGUCUCUACCAGACACCCCCAGCCCCAAUGACUGACAUUGACCGUUGGCUACAGGAAUUUCCUCAGGCAUGGGCAGAAACUGGGGGAAUUGGGCUGGUCCGACACCGACCGGCUAUAUGCAUAGAACUAAAACCAGGGACAGACCCUGUCAGGGUCCGCCAAUAGCCCAUGCCUCUCACGGCGUGAACGGGAAUCACGCCCCACAUACAGCGACUAUUAGACUCAGGCAUAUUAAGGCUCUGCCAAUCGGCAUGGAACACUCCCUUGCUGCCAGUGCGAAAACCGCACUUUAACGAUUACAGGCCAGUCCAGGAUUUAAGGGAAGUCAACCGGCGAGUAAUGGAUGUGCACCCCACGUUCCCAAACCCAUACACCCUCCUCUGCACCUUGCCUCCAGACAAAAAUUGGUAUACGGUAUUAGAUUUAAAAGAUGCCUUUUUCAGCCUGCCUUUAGCACCCAAGAGCCAAGACCUUUUUGCCUUUGAAUGGACGGACCCUGAGAAAGGCAUCAAUGGCCAACUCACCUGGACUCGACUACCACAAGGAUUCAAAAACUCACCAACCAUCUUCAAUGAGGCCUUACACAAAGACUUGGGUGAGUUCCGUUCUGAGCACCCUCAUUUGACCUUAUUGCAAUAUGUAGAUGAUAUCCUGCUGGUGGCGGAGGACCAGGACACUUGCCUGCGAGGCACCAAGGACUUACUCCAGACUAUAGCAGCUCUAGGAUACCAGGCCUCAGCCAAAAAGGCCCAAAUCUUCAGAGCAGAGGUGAGCUACCUGGGGUACAAAUUAAAGGACGGACAAAGAUGGAUGACGGAUGCGCUGAAGGAAACCGUCCUAAGGAUCCCACAGCCGCAAACCAUCGUCAGGCACUUGAAUUCCUGUGGUUGGCAGGGUUCUGCUGAUUAUGGAUUCCGCGUUUUGCCAAGAUGGCCAGACCCCUCUGUGAGGCCACCAGGCACCAACAAAAUUUUGAAUGGACAGAGGCCAUGAACAAGGCCUUUAAUGACCUUAAACAGGCCUUGCUGUCUGCCUCAGCUCUCAGGUUGCCUGACCCAA